GUGUGUGCCUUCAAGGAGCGGAGUGAGCGCAGCAGCUUCGAGAAGGGACUUGAGAACUUUGGGGAGGUGCUGUGGGAACAAAACGGGGUGACAAGAGCGAGGCCAGCAGAGCGUGUGUCGCAACGACUCCGUGCGGACGGAAAGUUGCGCACCCACCCCCGUGUGUGCGUGUGUCCCGUGGGGUCUGGGCACCCAUUGUAUGUCGGUCCCGGACUUUCAGGUUGGAGGUUUGGAGUCUUCUUCCGCCUCUCCCGUCUCUCCCGUUUCUUCUUCCCAUAAUGGGUGCUUAAUGAACGUGGGUGGAAUUGACACCAAAUUUAGGGUGCUGCCCGCUCCCUCUUUCCCAGCGAGCGCCUCAGAUGGCCUCAUUUAGCUCCCUGUCCUGGGCCUCCGCACCAGUGCUGGAGGGCUUCGUGGAGGAGAUGGGAUUUGACGUGAAAAAAAAAAAAGAAGAAACCACGAAAGCAGCAGCUAAGCCUUAGGCAGAUUUGAGCUGGAGAGAAUUUUUUACAGAAAUUUAGGAACAGUGGUAGACAGGUUGAAGAAAAGGUACGCUGGGAGCCAGGGCCCGGGACUCAGAAUCGGGACAAGACCCAGUAGGCAAGGCUGUUUGUGUGGGUGUGAUCCGGGGACUGACACGAAUCGAACUAUUUGGGGACAGUUGUUCUAGAGGUCACAUUCCGGACUAGAGAGGGGAAAGGACCAGAAGCAGAGAGCCAGUUAGGAAUGUAUGGCAGUUCUGAAGUAAGCUGUUGUGGACCUGAAUUCAGGUGCUGGUAGUGAAAGGGAAGGAUACAGAUGACAUUGCAAAAGAAGAGUCAAAAGGGCCUGGUGACUACAUUUGGGAGGAAAGAGAGUGAGGACUCUGCCCUUGUCUCCAAGGAGAGCACACAGGAAAGAAUGGCUGCUGUGUCUCCGACCACCAGAUGCCAGGAAUCACUGACAUUCGAAGACGUGGCUGUGGUUUUCACAGAUGAAGAGUGGAGUCAUCUGGUCCCCAUGCAGAGGGACCUCUACAAGGAAGUGAUGCUGGAGAACUAUAACAGCAUCGUGUCAUUGGGCCUUCCAGUUCCUCAACCUGAUGUGAUUUUCCAAUUGAAGAGAGGGGACAAGCCAUGGGUAGUAGAUCUGCAUGGGUCUGAGGAGGGAGAACGGCCAGAGAGUGUCUCUCCAGACUGGGAAACCAAGCCUGAGAUUCAUGAUGCUUCAGACGAAAAAUCAGAAGGAUCAGUGAGGGAAUGCCUUGGAAGGCAAAGUCCUCUGUGUCCUAAAUUUGAAGUUUAUGCACCCGAUGGCAGGGUGGGAACAGAAAAGCAAAGCCUUUCAGGGGAGACUCAUAAGAAAUCUCUCUCCCGGGAGAAAGGCAUGCGGCGAGGGUCAGCCCUGCCCAGGGAAGUUCUCACUAAAGAGAGACACCAGGAAUGCCGUGACUGUGGGAAGACCUUUUUUGACCACUCAUCGCUCACCCGCCACCGGAGGACUCACACUGGGGAGAAGCCCUACGGCUGCCGUGAGUGUGGGAAAGCCUUCAGCCACAGGAGCAGCCUCAGCAGACACCUGAUGUCGCACACUGGGGAGAGCCCUUACGAGUGCGGCGUGUGUGCAAAAGCCUUCUUCGACCGCGCGUCCCUCACCGUCCACCAGCGAAUUCAUACCGGGGAGAAGCCCUUUCAGUGCAGCCAGUGUGGGAAGGCCUUUUUCGACCGCUCGUCCCUCACUCGACACCAGAGAAUUCACACUGGAGAAAGUCCUUAUGAGUGUCAUGAGUGUGGGAAAGCCUUCAGCCAGAAAAGCAUUCUUACUCGCCAUCAGCUAAUCCACACCGGCAGGAAGCCGUACGAGUGUAACGAGUGCGGGAAAGCGUUCUAUGGGGUCUCGUCACUGAACAGACAUCAGAAGGCUCACGCCGGGGACCCGCGUUAUCAGUGUAACGAGUGUGGCAAAGCUUUCUUUGACCGCUCGUCCCUUACGCAGCAUCAGAAGAUCCACACUGGAGACAAGCCAUAUGAAUGCAGCGAGUGCGGGAAAGCCUUCAGCCAGCGGUGCCGGCUCACGCGGCAUCAGCGCGUCCACACGGGAGAGAAGCCCUUUGAAUGCAGCGUGUGUGGGAAAGUGUUCAGUUCAAAAUCUUCCGUUAUUCAGCAUCAGCGGCGUUACGCCAAGCAGGGAAUAGACUGAGUUGGGCGAAAGCUUGGGCGAGACAAGAACUUCCACACAAAUUCGAGAUAGGUCUCCCCUAUCUUAAACAAAGCUGCCGUUUGCUCAUUCUACCCACCCUGGCUGCCGCUGUCCUGGCCUGCUUGUGCGCCAGAGUGUUCAAUAGGCACUCCCUUCCUGCUGUGUUACAGAACUGUAGGGAGGCCGUGGAAAUGACUAAAGAUACAAAAGUUUGAAGAGGUUUGUCAGACAACAGGAUAGAUGUUAGGAGGAGACACACCUCUUGUCUGAGAACCCAGGCCCCAGGUAUCACUGCACUUUAAGUAACUGGCGGCUGCAGCAGGAGGGAAAGGCAGAAUGAUACCAGAGCAGUACUAUUUUUUUUCAGAACAGUUGUUUUGAUGGCUGUUUUAGUCCCCUUGUCUUGGAGCUUUUGGGGCCCUAAUCUUGUUCUCUUGUGUCCCAGCUUUUAGAUCUCUUAGUUCUACUGCUAGCAGCUGGCACUUACUGAGCGCUUACCAUGAGGUAAAGACUCAGCUAAGGGUUUUACAGGAAGUAGAUUAAUUGAUCCUGUCGCCAACCCUAUGAAGUAGGCACUGUUACCAUCUGCAUCUCCAGAUGAGCACCCUGAGGGUUAGAGAUUAAAUCACUUGCCCAAGGUGACCCAGCUGGUAAAAGGUGAUGCCAGGUCUUGAAGACAGGCCCACCUUCAAAGUCUAUUCUCUUUACCUUUAUGCUCGACCGUUUGUUUUAUAAUUUAUGUAUAUGUAUUAUCCUCUCAACUAGAUUGUAAGCACUUGGAGGUGUGACUUAACAGGUCUUUGUAUCUCACACAGUGCCUUGCUAAUGGGUGCUCAAUAAAUAUUUAUAUGAGUGAA